UGAGCCACCUGGACCGGUGCGUGGCCUUCGUCCGCCAGGCGCGCGCCGAGGGCCGCGCGGUGCUGGUGCACUGUCACGCAGGAGUCAGUCGAAGUGUGGCAGUAAUGACUGCUUUUAUGAUGAAGACCGACCAACUUACCUUUGAAAAAGCCUAUGAAAACCUUCGGACUGUCCAACCUGAGGCCAAGAUGAUUGAGGAGUUUGAGCGGCAACUGAAAUUAUACCAGGCCAUGGGAUGUGAAGUAGAUACCUCUAGUGCAAUUUAUAAGCAAUAUCGUUUACAAAAGGUUACCGAGAAGUAUCCAGAAUUGCGGAGCUUACCUCAAGAACUCUUUGCUGUUGACCCAACCACCGGUUCACAAGGACUGAAAGAUGAGGUUCUCUACAAAUGCAGAAAAUGCAGGCGAUCUUUAUUUCGAAGUUCUAGCAUUUUGGAUCAUAGUGGAGGAAGUGGUCCUGUAGCCUUUGCCCACAAGAGAAUGUCACCAUCCUUCACGCACGUCACGGGGAGUCAGGCUCAGUGCACGUCAUAUUUCAUUGAACCUGUACAGUGGAUGGAAUCUGCCUUGUUGGGAGUGAUGGAUGGACAGCUUCUUUGCCCCAAAUGCAGCGCCAAGCUGGGCUCUUUCAGUUGGUGUGGCGAACAGUGCUCCUGUGGGAGAUGGGUGACACCUGCUCUUCAGAUCCAUAAAAACAGAGUGGACGAAACGAAAAUGCUGCCAGGCUUGGGGUCACAAACAAGAAAAACAUGAACAUGUGACAUUUGAUCGCUUGGGAAGAAACUUGCCGAUGACACGUGCUACCUUUGCUUCUUGUCAUUCGUGGCAGCCUAGUGUAUAGACCAUCACCAUUUCACUUGAAAUGAGAGAAGAUACCGUAAGUCACUUGAUGUGACUUGGAAACUGUUUAAGAAGAUGCUUUGUAUAGAGAUCAAAACUUUUUUAAUCAUGUAAAUUAUACUUUGAUAUUAAAUCUUCCAUAACCCAGAUAUUUUCUUUGUUUUGUAGAUUUUAAAGAGUUCUGUUUUUUUCAGUGUUAUGUGAUGUUAAGGUCUGGAUGGACAAAAGUAUGUGCAAAAAUUAGAAACUUGUGUUUAAAUAGACAUUUCAUUUCUAGACAUGAAAAGCAGUCUUGUGUGGACAUAUUUUGACAUUUGUUUCUCUCAGGAGACAUUAGUAAAUCUACAUAUGUCUGGAUUUUUCUUGGAAGUGUGGAAGGAAAGGCUGUCAGGAAAACACUGAUAAAAUGUGGUUUUCUUAUUACUGCUUAGGAAUCCCAGUUGUCUAACUUUUUAGAAAAGCGUGUUUAAGAUACCUUUUAAAGCACUCUACUGAGGUCAAUGUAUUAAUGUUAGGUGUGUUCUGAAUGAUAAACUAAAUAUCGAACAUCUACCUAAUCAAUUACCUUUUAAGCCUGAUAUGUUAGAGUCCUGGAGAAGGUCAUGUGUCCAGAGUAGAAUUUUAACAUGAUCUCUGCAAAGUGGAAUUUAUUUUACUCAUUACUAAUAGUUAGAGUUGGACCUAAUUAGAUAUUUGAACACUUAUACAUGGAAUGAGAAUUAGGUAAUAAAAAGAAAUGGAGUUAUGUUUUAAGGUAGUUUCCUUGUAUUUAAGAAAAUCUACAGGAAAAAAACCUUAUUUAAUGGUGAAACUUAAAUUUUUCACAUUAAAGUUGGGAACAAGUUAAAGAAUGUCUACUUUUGCCUGCAUCUUCAGUAUUGUACUAGAGGUCCCAGCCAUUGCACUUAAAUGUGAGGAAGGGUAGGUUUAAGACUUAGAAAAGAAAAAGGCUGAACUCACUGAUACAUUUUGACUUCUCUAAAAGUGAGAUAAUUAGGAAUUAUGUAUCUCCUGAUAUAAUGUAAGGAAGUGUCUAUGAAGUAUUCUUGCAAAAAAGAACAAGGAAAUAUAAACAAAAAACCUCUAAUCAAGCCUGUAGAUUUAAGUGGCGGUUUACAGGAACAUUUCCAUGAAGAUAAAAUCAGCAGAAUCACAGACUGGGAAAUUCUACAGUUGUCAGUUUCUUGUCUCUGUGCUUGUUUGAAAUUUUCCAUGUUAAAUGUUAAUUGUUUAAAAAGUUUGUUAAAUUUUAUAAUAUUAGUGCUUGCAUACAGUAACUUUUUCUACAUAGAAAAUCCUAGAGAAUUUAUAGACAAAAUUUUAGAGUCACACAAUUCAGCAAGAUUUUGGGAUACAAGAUUGCCGUAUAAAAAUCAAUAAUGUUACUAUACCCUAGCAGUAAUCGAAUUAAGAAAAAUAUGUGUAAAACAAAACUAUAAAACCAUUAAAAAGAAAAUUAAAAAAAUUAAUGAUCUCAGGAAGGCUUUUUUAAGAUACAAAUAGCAGAAAUCACAAAAGAAAGAUUGAUAUAUUUGACUAUGUUGAAAUGAAAACCUAGAGAACAAAAAUCCUGUAAACAAAAAUACAAUUGUCAGCCUAGGAGAAGGCGUUUGUGACAUAGGCACCAGUUAAAUGAACAGAGUAAGCUAUCUGAAGAUGAGCACAUCUUUGAGAGGAAGUCCAAUAGUGAAUUUUAUUGAAGAUAAGAACGUGCAAUUCACAGGAGAGGAUAUAAGGUUCAAUAAACAUGAAAAGAUGUAUCAUCUUUAAUUGCCAGGAAAUGUAAAUUACAGUAUCACCCUUCACAGUGGCAAAAGAUGUAGAAGUCUAUCUAGUGUUGGUGAGAAUGGGGAGCAAAGGGGACUCAUCACUGCUAGCAAGGGUGUGAAUUGGUAUGUUUUGGCAAAUAUUAAUACUACUCUAUGACCCAGCAGAUAUCUUAAAGACAUUCUUGCAUAUAUGCACAAGGAGACUCAAAGAAGUAUAUACUUUAUGUAACAGUAAAAGUUUGAAACAAUUCGAAACAAAUGUAUGUCCAUUAGUAGGGAAAUGAAAACAUUGUGAUAUGUGUAUUCAACGAAAUAUCAUGUAACAGUUCAAGCACAAUAGAUCAUCAAAAAAUGUUGAAUGAGAAAAGCGAUUUGGAGAGUAGAGUAUGAUACAUUCAGUUAAAUUACCCCCCCCCAACAACACUAAAUGUAUGCAUCUUUAAACAUUUAAACAUGGUAAAAGUAAAUAAAAAUAGGCAUGAAUGAUUCCUAUAAUAUUCAUAAUAAAAGUCGCCUAUGGGGGAGGGGGUGGAAGUGAAACAGGGAAAAGCAGAUUUCACGUUUAUCUGUAAUGUUUAACUUGUGAAAAGUCUGAAGCAAAAAUGGAAAAUGUCAAUAUUUCUUAAUUUUUGGUGAUAGGUUGACCAAUGUUUGUUCCAUGAUUAUCUGCACUUUUUGAAUAAAAGAUACAAAUCAA